UUUGGUGGUGCUGCUGAUGUGUUGUUGACUUUUUUUUUACUUGACAACAGUAGAGUCUAAUAGUUCAAGUCAUUUUAAUGAACCUUGAUCUAGAUCGUGGUAGCUCUAGAUCUAUAUUUUUUAAAGACAUGUUCAUCUUUUCUUUUUGUAAAUAAAUACGAUCGUUAAUAUCGAUCUACAUCUACUUGGACCACAAUGCAGCGCGACAAACACUUAUCUUUGGAUGAUUUGUUUAUACCAAGAAAUCUGUGGCAACGGUUUGAACAGCUGAUGGUUCAGCAGAUGUUUCGACUUCAAACAGAGGAUACAGCAGCUCAAGAUUCGUCCAGCACAUGUUCCACAUCCUCUGGCGAAACGGGCAGCUCUGAGACAAUUUUGAAUAUUCCGUGUAUGCCAUCUGCCUCACAGUUACAAAGGAAUACGAAUGCAUUAUGCACAAUGCACAUAGGACAACAUCCACUUGUUGGCCUGCCCAACUUAGCAAGAAGCAUGAGUCCUCUGCUGGAAGCACUAGUUUUCAUCAUGAAAGACAUGCAGUCCAGCACCUCUCCAACUGAUGCCUUAGAUGCUGUUGACAGAAGUCGUCAAUGCAAAAAAGUUCUAUCCAGAGUGUACAAACAAUCGUUAAACCUUGAGAGUCAGCUCCACCAGUAUAUAAAUCCUGGACUGGUCACCUCACUUCAGAAAAGAACUGUUAGAGCCACUAAACAGAUAGAUCUUAUUUCAAGACUCAUUAAAAAAUUGAAGAAAGAAUCAAGUAAGAGAUACUAUGAUCAUGAAAGCUUUAGAAGAGCCAGUGAAAUAUCUGCUCAGUUAAAAUCUUUACUUUCUCAACAAAGAUGUGAGUGGCAAUGCGUUGGAAGACUGAAGGAGACAUUAACUAUGGCAAAAGAAAUAACUUCUAUUCUCAAAUUUAUUUGUAAACUAACUUCAUUAAUUGAACGGAAUGCUGAUGCCCUUCGUCGUAUGUAUGAAGGACCACCACCCUAUGAUGAUGCUAACAAUGUUAGUUCUUCAAUUGGUACUACUGAUAAUUUAGAAAGUUCUGAUGCUACUAUGGAAAAACUGAGAAGUCACUCUAACACCUUGCCAAGACUUUCACAGAGUGAAGUAACAAUAUCACUAUCUUUAGACUAUCUGCAUAAACCUGAGUGUCAACCUAGAAAUGUAAGGAAAUUAAAGAGGUGCAAAAAGAAAAAUGUAGAGAUAGAUUCUACCACAUCUGGUGCUGAAUUUUCUAAAGAUCAUUGUAAUAGGAGAUCUAAAAGCCAAAGAAGAAAACACCAAUCUGUAAGGGGAUCUGGAAUCAAGCAAGACAUUUUUAAUCCAAGCAGGUCACAGCAUUCUAUAAUGAGAAAGCAUUCAUCUAAAAGUGUUCAUAGACACAGACAGUUAUAUGAGCCUAGAGAAAAACAUAGAAAGAAACAUUCUUCCUCUAAGCACCGACGUUAUGUCUACCACAUUAGGAGGCCAAAAAAAUCCUCGUGCAGUGGUCACAGUCAUGCCAGUAACAAGUGCUCAGUGUGCACUAGAUCUUGCUGCAUGCAAUGCCAUUCACAUCCAUCUUGUAAAGAAUCCAAUACAAAGAAAAAAACUUGUCUCAAGAAACACAAGAAAAGAGCUAGUGUUCUCUCAGACAUAGACAGCUCUCGAGGUAGAGUCUCUGAUGGCAAAAGUGAUAAAGAAAAAUGUUCUCCAAAGAAAAAAAAAAGCAAAACAAAAAAUAAAACCAGAAAAGAAAGUGGCAAGCCAUGUUGUUGCAGACUUAAACAACUAGAUCUAGUUUUAGAUCGCUGUGAUAACAAAAAGCAAAACUCAGCACAGAAUUGCUCUGACGGUAAAUUCUAUAUGCAUACUAAACAGAGUGGGAACUCAUUUGACUCAAGAAGGCCACUUUUGUUUUCCUCAAGUGAAUCAAAUAUUGAAGAUGAUCACCCAGAAUCCCACCAGACAUCUCAAGGAGAGCUUAGCUCCAAUAAUAAAUACCAGAAUCAUAAGCCUAAAAAAAGCAUCAAACAGGAAGUGAAUAGCUCUGUCGAGGAGGACAGAAGUACAGGGAACUCUGGUGUUAACAGUUUUACAAACUCAUUAGAAUUUUGUACAUCUGUGUCAACAGAAAUUAGUUGCACUGACUAUUUGUCUUCUGAAUGUGAUGUAUCUGAAAUAAGUUCCAAAAGAGCCAAUAGACAAGACAGUAGCAAAAGAGCUAAUAGACAUGUAAACAAGCCUAACGUGAGCAAGUCAGAAAGCUUGUCUUCCUCCAAGUUAAAUAGAGGUCCCAAAUCAACACAACAAACUAUGAGUGGAAUCUCAUCUUCUAGCUCACUUCCUGAGCUACAGUUUUCUGUGACUGGGCAAUCUAAAACUAGAUUAAAUGAUGACACAUCUGCUUCUUACACAGAAUCUCUUUUAGACAGCAAGGAGACAUCACUUAAAACCUCUCAACACACUGGGACAGAGUUACACUCAGGAACAUUAAGUGAGGUGUCCAUUGGUUUGUCCCUUUCUUCAAAGAGGUCAUGUAUCAUUUGUAACUCUGUCUCAUCUGUUUCUUGUGUUUCCAAUAAAUCAGGCAGGAAGGAUCAUGGCAGAAAGCCUAGCCUUCAUUCAGCUAGAAAAUCAUUAAGAAGUGCACAUCAUCAGGAUUCCCAUGAUGCUAUUCGCAACAAAUCCACAAGAAAACAUUUCCCCAGACCAGGAGCAAGGACACCAUCUGUUUCAUUAUCUAAAGUUUCCAUUCAAUUCUGUUCAGCAAAAACACAAACACUUCAAAGAAGUGUUUCCUCUCGAUCAGCAUCUAAAGAAUUCUACUUGCAUGAUGAAAGGCAAUUAGCAUUUGUUUCUGAAAAACCAAUACGAAAAUCAAACAUAGCAGACAGAUGUUCCCCACAAGUUUCUAUCACAUUAUCUCAUAGACAGUCAACACAAACAUAUCAAGAAGAGAGCUUCCCUGAAAAACAUUUAUCACACAAAGCUCUAGACCCAAUAGAUUUAGCGGAAGAUUACUCUACACAGAAACAAAUUAAACCAUUAUUAUCGAGACCAUCAAAACAAAGUAGUGCAAUUGAAGAAAGGCCACAAGAAAAACAAUCAUUGAUUUUAUCCCAAAGGUCUCCUGGACAUGGUUUCAAAAUUGAAGGCAGACAGUCUGUCAGUUUAUCUCGUAGAUCUUCUAAACAAAGUUAUAACCUUGAAGAAUGCUUACCAGAAAUGCAAUGUGUUAUUUUAUCACAGCGGCCAUCUAGACAUGAAAUUGAAUCAUUCUUACCAGAAAGACACUUUAUUGUAUCACAGAGGCAAUCUAGACAAAUAGAAGAAUGCUCACCAGAAAGACAGUCAGUUCCUUUAUCAAAGGAGUCAUCCAGACAAAGUUAUGAAAGUGAAGAAUGCAUGAUAGAAAAGCAAUCUUUUGUUUUAUCACAGCGUCAAUCUAGACAAAGUUAUGACUUAGAAGAACCCUCAAUAGAAAGGCAGUCAGUUUUUUUAUCAAAGCAGCCAUCUAGACAAAGUUAUGAAAGUGAAGAACGGUCAGAAGAAAGGCAAUCUGCUAUGUUAUCACAGCGGCAAUCUAGACUAAGUCAUGACAUAGAAGAGUGCUCAACAGAAAGGCAAUCUAUUAUUUUAUCACAGAGGCCAUCUAGACAAAGUUAUGAAAGUGAAAUACAGUCACAAGAUAGGCAAUCUGUAAUUUUAUCACUGAGGCCAUCUAGACAAAGUCAUGACAUAGAAGAAUGCUCAACAGAAAGGCAAUCUGUUAUUUUAUCACAUAGGCCAUCUAGACAAAGUUAUGAAAGUGAAAUACAGUCACAAGAAAGGCAAUCUGUUAUUCUAUCAAAGCAGCCAUCUAAACAAAGUUAUGAAAGUGAAGAACAGUCACAAGAAAGACAAUCUAUUAUUUUAUCACAGAGGCAAUCUAGACAAAGUUAUGAAAGUGAAAUACAGUCACAAGAUAGGCAAUCUGUUAUUUUAUCACAGAGGCCGUCUAGACAAAGUUAUGAAAGUGAAGAACGCUCAAUAGAAAGAGAGUCAGUUAUUUUAUCAAAGAGGCAAUCAAAGCCAAGUUAUGAAAGUGAAGAACCCUCAAUAGAAAGGCAAUCUGUUAUUUUAUCUCAGCGGCAAUCUAGACAAAGUUAUGAAAGUGAAGAACAAUCACAAGACAGGCAAUCUAUUAUAUUAUCACAGCGGCAAUCUAGACAAAGUCAUAACAUAGAAGAAUGCUCAACAGAAAGGCAAUCUAUUAUUUUAUCAAAGCGUCCAUCUAAACAAAGUUAUGAAAGUGAGGAACGCUCUACAGAAAAGCAAUCUGUAAUUUCAUCAAAGAGACCAUCUAGACAAAGUUAUGAAAGUGAAGAAUGCUCACCAGAAAGAGAAUCUGCUAUUUUAUCAAAGCGACCAUCUAAAAGUUAUGAAAGUGAAGAACGUUCAAUAGAAAGGCAAUCUGUUAUUUUAGAAAAACUACCAUCUAGACCAAGUUUUGAAAGUGAAGAACGCUCAAUAGAAAGGCAAUCUGUAAUUUCAUCAAAGCGGCCAUCUAGACAAAGUUUUGAAAGUGAAGAACGCUCAAUAGAAAGGCAAUCUGUAAUUUCAUCAAAGCGGCCAUCUAGACCAAGUUUUGAAAGUGAAGAACGUUCAAUAGAAAGGCAAUCUGUAAUUUCAUCAAAGCGGCCAUCUAGACAAAGUUUUGAAAGUGAAGAACGUUCAAUAGAAAGGCAAUCUGUAAUUUCAUCAAAGCGGCCAUCUAGACAAAGCCAUGAAAAUGAAGAAUUCUCACCAGAAAGAGAAUCUGUUAUCAUAUCAAAGCGACCCUCUAGAGAAAUUGAAGAACACUCAACAGAAAGAGAAUCUAUUAUUUUAAAAAAGGAUCCAUCUAGAGAUAGUAAUGAAACAGACAAAUACUCACCAGAAAGGGAUAGGCAGUCUUUUGAAAACCACUCUCCCAAAAAAGUAUCAGUUAUAUUUCUUCAACCAGACUCUACACUAUCUGAAGUUGAGGAACAAUCAUUAAAAAGACACUCAAAAGUGUAUAGUUACAAUGAGUUUUCACCUCAAAAACCAUUGAAAGGAAAAUAUAUUGGUGAUGAAAUUACACUUGACGAUACAUAUUCACAUAAAAAACCUUCAGAGAACCAAAAUGCAACUUCAUCCCCUUCCAAAAAGGCCUCAAAGAAAGCUGUUACAUCACUAGAUCAAAUGACUAGACGCCAUUCUUCUCCAGCAUUUGUUUCUGUUGAAAGCUACAGAAAAUCUCCUAAAAUAAGCCCAACAGCAACACCAAAACAUAGAAGCCCAACAGCAACACCAAAACAUAGAAGCCCAACAGCAACACCAAAACAUAGAAGCCCAACAGCAACACCAAAACAUAGAAGCCCAACAGCAACACCAAAACAUAGAAGCCCAACAGCAACACCAAAACAAUCUGUUGAGAAAACUAAAGAGCAUUCUGAGACAUCCACCCAUUCCCUUUCAAAUGAACGAAAUUCCUCUGAUGAUGAGGAAAGUGAUGAUUCCACACCUGAGGUGAAACAAGAACCUGAAGAGACACCACGUCGAGUUCCUUCAAGUAAAACUACAUCACCUAAGAAGAAACCUACUCGAGUGAAGUCCAAGAAAGAUGCUAAAUAUCAAAGUGCCAGAAGUCAAAGAAGUUCACUCAUUCAAAAUCAGAUGACUCCAAAAAAUAAGACACCUGAACGGAUUAGAAGCCCAAAAGCUGCAAGCUCACAAACAUCUGUUAAAAGGCUAAAAAAGCAGUUUGUCAAUGAUGAAACUAUGCUGACUGUCAAUGAUGAAACUACAGCAUCAGAAUCUCUUCAAGAAGAAACUGAUGACGAAAAAGGAGCUAAAGAAGGUUGGUACAAGCACAGGUGGUGGUGGCUCCUGGCAUUGCUUCUCUUGCUAGCUUUGCUCUACCAAAUCUACUGCAGCUACACAAGUCCUGCGUGCACAAGGUGCACACUCCCCAUGCCUAACAUUUUCUUCUAUCCACUGAACAAAAUUGUCAACUCUGCUCGCUUGGUACAUUUUGGACCUACUCCUAGUUGAUGCAUGGUGGACUUGAGAGUCCUUCAACUUUUUUGUUGACUCAACAGAAUGCCUUUAAAAAAGAUUCAUUUUAUUUUGAGCCACAUCUACCUAAAGAAUUCAAGAGAAUAAGGUAGAAUCAUACUUCUGACUUGAAACUAGACAAUUUGAUUUCAAAUGUUACCAUUCGUGACAUUCUGGUUAUGUUUCAUCAAUGUACACUGUGGAUCUAUUAAUUGAUAAUGACUUAAUCUCAAAACAGUUGACAAUUAGUGACAUUCUGGUAACUACGUUUCACUAAUGUGCACAUUGGACCUAUAAAUUGCUAAUCUAAUCUGAAUCUCAAAACAGUUGACAGUGACAUUCUGGUAACUCUGUUUCAUCAAUGUACACAGUGGAACUAUUAAUUGCUAAUCUAAACUGAAUCUCAUAACAGUUGACAAACACAAAGGUUCAUUCAGUUCUGUUGAACAGCCAUUUCACUUUUUCACACAGUGCAGUAAACUGCACUAGUUGUAGCAUGCAUGCUUAGCAAAGAAGCAGGCUCCACUGAAGUAUCAGUGCUGAAACAUAGCUAAUGAUAUUUCAAAAAUGAACAUUUGUUAUUAUUUAAUAAACAUUAUGCUUUUGUACAUAUUUUUUAAAAACAUUUACUAUAAUGGUGUAAGGAGUACACUAUUAUUUUAUAAUAAAUAUCUCUACAAAAGUUUA